AUGCUCUUCAAGUCCUCGAUUCUGGCCCUCCUGGCCUCUCAGGUCUUUGGUGCUUUCGCCCAGGACACUUCUGAUGCCAACGCCCCUCCUCCCAAUGUCGCCCAGCUCAAGGCCGAUGUCAGCGCCAGCUUCCCCGAGGCCGACAUCUUUGGCGUCAAGCUCGUCAACGGCCGUCCCACAAAGGCCGUCAUCGAGGUCAACAACCGCGACGAUGGCCCCAUCCAGAUUGCCUUUGUCGGCGGCUCCCUCUCCACCACCAAGGAGCUUCCCGCCGAGAAGCCCGCCUACGAGGCCAUCGUCCGCAACUUGACGGCCGUCCAGUAUAACCUCGAGGUCCCGGCCGGCGAGAAGAAGGAGCUUCCCUUCUCCUUUGCCCUCGACAUGCAGCCUCAGGAUGUUCUCCUCCGUCUUGUCGCUGUCGUCUCCGACGCCAAGGGCAACAUCCACCAGGUCCAGGUUCACAACGCUGCCGCUUCCAUUGUUGAGGCUCCCACCAGCUUCCUCGAUCCCCAGAUCAUCUUCCUCUACCUCUUCCUCUCCGCCGCCUUCGCUGGUACCCUCUACUUUGUUUACAAGACCUGGAUCGAGGCUCUCUUCCCCCAGGCCAAGCGCGCCCGCUCCACCAAGAAGGCCAAGAAGGUCGAGACUGCUGAGCCCCUCUCCGGCUCCGAGGCCACCGGCGCUGCCACUGGCUCUGGCAAGGACUACGACGAGAGCUGGAUCCCUGAGCACCACAUCAACCGCCCUGCUGCCCGACGCGUCAAGUCCAGCGCCAGCAACAAGAACAAGAAGCUGGAGUAA